GGAGAGGCUUUCCUUCAAGCUGUUAGUGUUUUAUCCUGGCAGGCUCCUCGAGGUUGUUGUGAGGAGUCUAGCCAGUUGGUGAGCUUUGUAAUCUAAACCAGCUGUCCCAGGCUGAGGCCCCCAUUUGCAUUGUUUAACAUACUUAGAAAAUGAAGUGUUCAUUUUUAACAUUCCUCCUCCAAUUGGUUUAAUGCUGAAUUACAGAAGAGAACUAAGCAAAACCAGGUGCUUUCUCUGUAUUCUCUCCAGUGUCUGAGGAGGUACAGACGGCUCCCGAUCCUCUCCAUUACUUGCCAUUUCAUUCUUUGGACUAUAAAUGACAGAGGAACUGAAGUGCUAGCAGAGGGUAAUGUUUGGAAAAACUUUCUAGUUGUUCAUCAGCACAGACUCUGGUUUUUUUCCACCUUUCCCCAACGGUUUUGGACAUGCAAGGAUUAAGAAGGAUACUGACUGCUUUCACACUGGCUGUCUGCCUUUCAAGCCCUGGAAAAGCACAGCAACAAUGCACUAAUGGGUUUGACCUGGACCGUGCCUCUGGGCAAUGCAUAGAUGUUGAUGAAUGUCGGACUAUUCCUGAGGCCUGCAGAGGAGAUAUGGUGUGUGUCAACCAGAACGGUGGCUAUUUAUGCGUACCCCGAACAAACCCAGUGUAUCGAUCACCAUAUCUGAAUCCUUAUUCAAAUAUUUAUCCACCGCCCCCAGCACCAGGCCCUGUUCCUAACUACCCCACUGUUACAAGACCUCUGAUUUGUCGAUUUGGUUUCCAGUUGGAUGAAAACAAUCAGUGUGCUGAUGUGGAUGAAUGCGCUUCAGAUUCUCACCAGUGUAACCCCACCCAGAUCUGCAUAAAUACUGAGGGGGGCUAUACCUGUUCCUGCACUGAAGGCUACUGGCUGUUAGAAGGCCAGUGUUUAGAUAUAGAUGAAUGUCGCUACGGCUACUGCCAGCAGCUGUGUGCCAACGUGCCCGGCUCCUACUCCUGCACCUGCAACCCAGGCUUCACCCUUAAUGAUGACGGAAGAUCAUGCCAAGAUGUGAAUGAAUGUACAACUGAAAACCCUUGCACUCAGACCUGUGUCAAUACCUAUGGCUCUUUCCUCUGCCGCUGUGAACCUGGCUAUGAACUGGAAGCUGACGGAGUUAACUGCAGUGACAUGGACGAAUGCAGCUUCUCAGAGUUCCUCUGCCAGCAUGAAUGUGUGAACGGACCUGGUUCUUACUACUGUAUCUGUCCUUCGGGCUAUAACUUGCUUGACGAUAGUAGAAGCUGCCAAGAUAUCAAUGAAUGUGAAAACAGAAACUUCACCUGCACUGCACAGCAAACGUGUUUCAAUAUCCCAGGAGAAUAUAAAUGUUUAGACCCAGUACGAUGCGAGGAGCCUUAUCUCCAGAUUAGUGAGAACCGCUGCAUGUGUCCAGCUGAAAACCCUGGUUGCAGAGAUCAGCCGUUCACCAUCCUGUACAGAGUGAUGGACAUGGUGUCUGGGAGGUCUGUGCCUUCGGACAUUUUUCAGAUGCAAGCAACAACUCGCUAUCCUGGAGCCUAUUACAUCUUCCAAAUCAAAUCAGGGAAUGAGGGCAGAGAAUUCUACAUGCGGCAAACGGGACCAAUCAGUGCUACUCUGGUGAUGACCCGCCCUGUGAAGGGGCCCCGUACUGUUGAGUUGGACUUGGAAAUGAUCACUGUUAACACUGUCAUCAACUUCAGAGGAAGCUCUGUCAUCCGGCUGAGGAUAUUCGUAUCACAGUACUCCUUCUAAACCUUGAGUUUGUGCCCUGGAAACAUUAAACCAAAAGAGACAGUUCCUCCUCUGCAGAACUCUCUCCUCAAAAGCCAGUACAUAUAGCAGCUCCAAACCAAAUCACUAUUUCUACAGACCCGGUGACCUAUGCCUGUCUGAACAGGGAGGCCUCUUCAUGCACAGUCCCUACCAGGAUGCAGACAUCUGAAGAUGUAUUUUCAGCAGAUCCCAUGUGAUUCUCUGUGUGGUCAUGUAUUUUAAGGACUCUUCUUUUCGCUGUAAACACUUCUAGGGCAUAAGUCUAUGUGAAAGACUGUGAACCUCUGUAGCUCCAAGGCUGCUUAGCAAAAAGCACCAAAGAAACUGAGGAAAAAGCUGGCUUUUGCAAUCUUGCAUUUUUUAAAAUUUUUUUUCAUUAUAAACGGAAAGCAGACAAACAAGCAGAAACAGAAACAAAAUCCCCACCUAUCAAAACAAGGGAUCUCCCAAGUCCUAACUUGCAUUCCCAAUUAUCUCUGGAAUUAUCAGUCAGGCCCUUUGUCUCAAUUCACCCUGCAUUUGUCUUAGUUUCACCUGUUUUUUCUUUGAUUCUAUUUUAUAGUUAAAAUUCAUUGUAAAUUCAUUCCAAAAUACAUGUUGUACUAUGUAAUCUUUUACUUUCUUACGAAGUGUCACAUGUUUGGGUUCCUUCCUAUAUUAAAUCUUUCUAUAUAACAGAGUUUAGAGAAAUCUAUCACUGGAUGGUGUGUUUCACAACAUUUAAGAUUGUAUACUUAUUUGUACUCAAGAUCUUUGACACAGGCUUCCACUGCCAGAAUAAUUUCCAGAAUAAAUAGGGACUUUGGAGCAGAUAAGAAUUAGAAUUUUAUUUUUCCCUAAGUGUGACAGUUGCAAACAGUUUCUAAUGGUUACAAGGUCGUAAUACCAUCUCUGUAGUUACGGCUGCAACUAAUCUCCUGUUCAAAGACUACUCAGGUCAGACGUGUCCAAAUUCCUUCAGAAAAAAUGAAUUGUUCUUUUCACCUGCACUGUCUCUCCUACGUUCCUAACAUUGGGGAAAACAAGCUGAAAAGGACUAGGACCUUUUUCAUUCAUGCUUCUACCACAAAGCAGCAAUACCCCCAUCUCAAACAAUGGGAUUCCACAGUUUGCAUAGGCAUUGUUUUCUCAGGUAUAACUGCUGUAACCAAUAUAAAAUUUCUCCUAAAGUCCAAUCUGAAUCUCCAGUACUGUAAUCUGUUGCUUUUUAGUCUACUUCCAGUAGAAAUAGAGAACAGUUUAUCUUCCCCUUUGCAGCAGUCUUUAACGUGUCUGAAGACUGUUGUCAUGUCUCCUCUCAGAUUGUUCUUCUCUAGUCUAAACAAACCCAAUUCUUUUGGUCUUUCCUCAUACAUCACAUUUUCUGGACCUUUGAUCAUUCUUGUUGCUCUCAUUUGGAUUCUCUCCAGUUGCUUCACAUCUUUCUUGAAGCACAGUGCCCAAAACUGUUAAAAGUAUUCCAGCUGAGGCCUCUCAGUGCUAAGCCAAAUCUCUAUAUAUGUUUAGUAGUUUGAAAAAAAAAAUAAUUGUAUAGUUUGAAGGUAUAAUGCUUAUUGAAGCUAUUGGCACUUUGGUCUUUUAUUUUAGUCGGGAUGAGGAUCCCUAUGCCUUGUUCUUAAAUUUGUCUAGAACAGCUCUUUUGCUUCAUUUUUUCUUACUGGCUUAUUUGCUCUCCAGCAUUGCUAGGGCCGGAAAGAUAACAUUUGCUUUGUCUUUUUGAGGACUGGAAGUGCUCAGUGCUACUUGGGAGGAGUUUAUGAAGAUUAUAAUGCAAGGAGGCAGGAGCAGAGUAGCAGCUUUAUGUUAUGUCUUCAUUAAAGUGGAGUGAGCAUUAAAUGGGAGAAUACAGAUUUGGAAAGUUAUCACAACACAGAGUGCAUGACAUAAUCAAAAAAUUGCCUUUUGUUCCUAGAAAGCUUUGUGAGUUAGUCUGGAAUUGUUUUUCCCUAGCUGUAGUAGAGAGUCCCCUCUUUUUCCUUGUACUCAGCUUGAAGGAAGCCCUGAUGCUCUCAGCAACAAAGCGCUGAGUUGAGCAGCUUCUGAUUCUUAAUGGUUUAAAGGUUUUCUCUGUGCUGCUACAACAUCCCAGGAUGCUGCAGCUCAGAGCUCUGUACAAGGCUGUCCUCUAUUGUAAAAACAAAAAGGUUGGAGUCUGACUCCACGGUUUAGUGGGCCAAGCUGAGGGCAGGAAGCCAAUGAGUUUUGUGAGUAGCUGACUUGGAGGAGAAGAAUGCAAAGGAAAUGGGCAGAGAAAUAGUAAAACAAGAAUUUGUUUCCUGAGUGUAUCGUGUCUCAUCAAAUACCACAGUCUUGGCGGGAAAAAUAGAGACGAUCAGGAAGGAGGAAUGCUAGUUUAUAACCAUUGGUCUAAAAGUGCUCAUGUGUCCCAGGUGAUGGAAGUAAAACAUGGGAAACAUGCAAGCUCUGGUGGACCAGAGAGCAGACAAGGGGCAGGCAGGACCUUGCAUUGAAGAUGUCAAACUCUUACAUUUUCCCAGUGCUUAAAAGCCCCUUUUUGCCCCCCUUUGUGCCUCUAUGUUAUGGCUUCUUCAUGUCCAGUUGAGAAGGCCUUUUCUUCCUAUCAUCACAUCACCUCCUGGAGAGGAAGCACACCCUGUUAGACAUCAGACAGUUUCUCACUUCUGGGCUGUUCUCCCAUGGCCCCCACAUACCAACCCGAUUUAACCCUAAUUUAGAAACAUCAAACCCCAGAGGAAUUCCAUAACAAAACACUUUGUUAAAAGAGUAAAGCUUGAAUCCUUGGUUUUAGCAGGAUCCAGCAAAUACCCAUAAAACAAUAUUACACUUUCUAUAUAAACAGUCUGCGCCUUAAAAAAAAAAGUGGAAAGUCUGGAAACAAAGGAAUUCAGCCACUUCUCAACUGCCAUAACAUCUUUCAUCACUCACUAUCACUCCAGCCAACUUAAAUUUUGCCAAAAUAUAUGCCAAUCUCGAAAUAAUAAAUUAGUAGCAGUUUAUAACAUCUAAACUCUCCAUUUUCUAGUCAGGGGUCUGUUUCCAAUAGACCAUCACCCUUUGAGGCCAGAACUCCCUAAAAGCAGACAGAAUUCCAGGUCUGCUCAGAAAAUUAUUCUUUAUUCUAACCCACUACAGAGGGUUUUCUAGCACAAGGAGUUUUACCAUAUGGUUAAAAGACAGUAUUCUGGCCGCACAGAUGAGGUCACAGACCCUGGUCUGGGUAUGUGUGGCUUCUCUCUGGCUCUGCUCUCCCUGGCCAAGCAGGGAAGGGACAGGUCUUUGCCUCUUCUGCCUGUCAGCUGUCAUGUCUGUUUAAAUGUAGGUCCUCAUGAGGAAGACUGCCCCUCACUGUGUGUUUGUACAGCACCUAAUGUCAGUGCAAUAAUGGAAAUAAAGGCAAAAGAAAGCAAUCAUUGCAGUAAUCUUUGAUAUAGAUCACCAUGAUUUCGAAGGAGAAACUAUUCUGACAAAUGAACCAAGUGAUUCAUGCUAGUCAAGUUAGGUGCCAGAGGGAGAAAAAUGGCAAGAGAUGAAUGAUCCAUUGUUAUAGAGCUGAAUGGGUCCUAUCAUCUGGCUUAUUUAGCUUUGAGAUAUUUUUAGGGGAUUGACUUUUUUGACACAGACAACAAAACAUUAUUUCACCUAAGAGUUUGCUGGAUCCCACAGAAUCGCUUUUCAACUGGUGAUUCUCUGACUACAAUACCUUUGUUGAAAAUAACUAAGCUUCUUUGAGGACUGGUCACCCACCACCACUGAGUGUAGUGUCCAGGGCCAUUCACACAGAGUUCUCUCCUUUUCAGUUGGGGAUCUGUACUCAUAUUUACCCUUUUUUGACUUAGCUUUUAGAAGAGUCAACUUUUUUUGGUCUCAUAAACAUGGUGUCAGCAUCAGCAAAACUUACAGAUUAAUUUUUCUCUGUCUAGAGCAAGCAGAGCAAUAUAAUCAGUACAGUUUGUGGUCAUGCAAGUUCUCCAGUCUGGCUUAUUCACAGAAUAUGCUACUGAAUAUCUUCUGUAGCAUGCAGCUGUAGUAGAACACAAUGGAAAUGUUGUAGCACAAAGAUGUUAAUUAAAAAAAAAAAAAAGAGAGAAGGAAUAAAAGCAUGCCUUAAUGUUAUUCAAGCCUGAUAGGAAUUGUUGUUAAAAUAAAUCUCCAUCCUGGAUGGACAAACCCCUCAGCUGGUGUUAAUUUGCAUGACUGAUGCUCUUCAAUGCAAAGAUAACAAGUGUCCUUAGACUCUUCAAUGUGUGUUGUGUAAAGCACUGCACAUGUAUCUGUAUACAAGAAGAAUUUACAGAAGCUGCAGAAGUGGUAGUGUGGCUCUGCAUUUGGAAGCUGUAAGACAAUAUGGCACAAGCAAAUUCUGUUUCUUAUCUGACACGAGUGCAGACAAGUGAUUUACAGCCAUCACAUUUUGUUGGUUUGAGUCUUUGAACCAAUUUUGAAUAGCUCUACCCCAAAGCAGGUGCCAUGCAUGAGGCCUGAGGCUGAUGGUCAUAACUAGACUUUUGGAGAUUCUGCAGAAAGCUCCAGAAAUGUGACGUGCUGAAGGGUCAGUGCCAUAUGGAGUGUAAUGGUCCAGAGUUAUUUGUGUGGGGAUGUCUGUGACACUGCCCCAGCCUCUUUCCUCACCUGUUUCAGUGCAGACUGCAACUGAUGUUUGUAAGUGUGUACACUGGAUGUGGAAUCUCACCUAUUCCCAUUCUUAGCUCUGUCUUCUGAAAUCCCUCUAGUGGUUCGCAUUGGCCAAACUGAUCCUCCUGUGUAACUCAACUAAUAGUGGUGAAGCCACAUGAGGGAGAGUUUGGGUACGAGGCAGAUACACUUUUACACCAGUAAGUAAAUAAUGAUGCAAUAACCUCAAUGUAGGAAUUCAGGAAUGUAUCUGAGUAAUAAAGGGAUCUUUAGAAAACACUUCAGCAACCAAGAACUCCUGAAAUAUUCAGCCUCUUUCAAUUCCCUUUCCUGUACCCAGAAGUCACUCAUUUUCCCUCUGGGGUUUGACCUGGACAAAUGAGCUUAUUAUGGUCAUGUACUGCAAGCACAUGCUGAGUAAGCUCCACUUCUCUGGCACUGCUAAACAUUUUUCAGUUUGCUUUUUGGAAAUCAGUUGUAGGCUAUUUGUCUUUCCUAGGGUCUGACUGACCUCAGUUGCUUUUUUCACAGCCAAGACAGAUCCAUUAUUUCCCAGUCGGGUUCUUCUGCAUCCACCACCUGUACAAGCUUUUCAUGUGUUUCACUGGAGAUGCAGGCACUGCCAUGUUGGUAGGCACCCUUACAGCAAAGUAUUGGGUGUGAAUGCUUGAAGGGAUUUCCCAGUCUGCUGGCAGAGCCUGGCUUCAUGAAUAGGAUUUUAAAAACCCCACAACUCCUCAGUUUUGAAAGUGAGAGAUGUUCUUUUAGGUCCUGAUUAAUCACUUUUAUCCCAAAAUUGCAUCUGUAUCAUGUUGGCUUGAUAGUCUCAAGGCUUUUUAAGAAGUCUGAUAAGGACAUGCUUAUGCAAUACAUCCUUAGGCUUUACACAACUUGGAUGAGGCUUUUCCAAUUUCCAAAAACAGUAUUUGGCCCCAGUAGAGAGAAUUCAAUGUGAUUGCCACUAUGCUGAAGUCAGUGAUCUCUAAACACCUCAUAUCAGGUCUGGAUUUAGGUCAGCUUUAUUUUAAUUCUCAAAUCUCAGUGUCAGUGGUAUAAAUGUAAGCAGAUAUGUAUUAUUUUUACAGUAGAGCUGAAAGAUUGUUUCCAGUAAAUAAACAGUAGCAUGAUUGCAGUAUCUCUUUCUCUUUGGGCACUAUCUUUGGGUACUUUGAGAUUUCCUGAGAUAACCUUUUACACUUCAACAUUUCCUCUGGUAUUUCAAGACAUUCACUGAUGUGUUUUCAUGAACGAUUUCUCACUCCCAUUCUUCAAAGGCCAACGCAGGCACUUGACUUCAUUUUUUGUUAAAACAUGAAGCUACACCCAAGCCUUCGCAUAGUCACAGCUCAUGCAUCAUUCAUAGAAAUUUUUCCUCUCUGUAACCUAUCGAGGAUUAUGUCAACUUCCUUGGAAUUCUGCAGUAUUCUGCAUAAUGCACAUGCAUGUGUUUGCCAAGACUGAGACCUUAGUCUGGAGAUGGUUCAUCCACAACUCAGUGCAAAUGUUCUGCAACCAACAUGUGAAAUCAUGGCUACAAAGGUUAGGUUUGCCAAAAAUUCUCAAAAUGUGGUGUUUCUUGGCUGCCUACAUAUAAUGCAAACACAAUUUGAAAAUCCAGGACCAGAGUUCUCCAGUAUUCAUGAGAAAUUCCUGGUUUUAAGAAACAUUUUGGUCAGUAAACUUAUUUUGUAGAUUAUGUGAAAUGCAAAGAGGCAGAAGGCCCACCAAGAUUAUACAGAUUUGUUAUUCAAAUCAGUAUCGCCAAGAAAACUUGAACCUAGUUCAUAAUUUAAAAAUUCUCCUUUGGAUUCUGACAUCUGAUGCCAUUCAAGUAGGGCAGGGGGACAGAAAAAUUGACUUCUUCCAAAACAACAGCAGCUGCUCAACAGAGAUCUCUGAGCUCCUGCAGUGACCAGAAAUACCUAUUAGCCCAAGUCUGCACCCCACGUCAGUGAGGAAGGCACAAAGUCCUUAGAGACAUUUCUCACUCUGUUUAUACAUCUACGGAACAUUUAAAAUGACCAAAAUUAAAAGGACCAAGCUGCUGCCUACCACACACAUAAUACCUGCAGCAGGCUUUAGUGUAUCCCUCUGCCAUUCCCCAGGGUUGUGCUCACUUAGAAUUGCCCAGUCUGAUUUGGUGUGAGUUGACGAUGGUGUGACAGCAUUCAGUUCACAGCAAAGUCAUACCCAUGGAUGCAAAGAGAGAAUUAUAGAGCGAUAAAACUACAAUUGAACCAGAAAGGUAAUAAAAAAGAGCUUGCUGAUUAGUUAACCUUCAAUGCUUUGGUUAUGAUAUCAUUGCCAUGGGCAAAAAUAAUCAACCAGAAACACAAAAUAUUAAAAAGGAGAUAAUCUCCUUAGAAAGAUAAGUGUCUAUGUAGCCUAUUAAUAGCUCUGAAAUUAAGACAUUCCAUGCAACAUCUGGAAAAGGGAAAAUUCACUCCUUGACCUCCAGCAUCACUGUCUCCCAAGGCAGGAUCAAGGGUUGAUCCUUAUUAUGACACAGACACAAUGGCUGUCUGAUGGUCCAGCCAAGAAAGAGCCAGGCACGGCCAGGGGCAAGGGGAGGACACACCAAGAUAAUGUAAAAUACUAAGGAAUGCUCUCAUGUGCAGGAUCUCUGAGACAAAUCUCUCUUGCUGUAUGAAGCAGUUCAGCUUUGCUUAGGAAGUGCUAACAGUCACUUCAAUAAUAAUAAGAGGGCAUUCAUGUGUUUGAAUGCAGCAUCAGUUUUCAAAAAAAUUAUGCCCUGGUCAGUCCGUUACCUAACGAGAUGCACUGGACCCAGAAACCUAUAAAUACAAUUUUAGGUAUAGAACAUUUAGUAUCACAGGUAUAAUUGUUGUUAUACCAAUAGUUUAUCUUGCAGCCAGUACAGGUGCAAGGAGGAGGACUCACUGUCCAGCUCAAAGGAUGCUCCACAGAACUUCUGUUUCUGCUUAAACAGUCAUUUCCCUAACUCUUACUUGCAGGCUGUCUGGAUUAAUAAAUAUGUUAUAUUUUGUAAUCCUCUGGGGUUUUUUUUUCGGAAGAGUACUGUUUUUACUGUAACUUAAAAUGGAUGGUUUCAAUGUCCCUCUGCCCCUUUAACCUAUAACCGUUACUUCAUUUGUAGCAGAAAAUGAGCUUUUAAUUGUUGCACUGUUUUACAGCUGGUGAACAUUGAAUAUGCCAGUAGGGACUAUUUUAAAGCUUUUUUAAAAAUAAAUAUGUUG